AUGGGUGAUCUAUGGGAUAGUGUUCUUGACAUUUGUGGUUACGACGUCUCAAAGUUUCGGCGUAAUUAUCCACGGAAAGCAAGUUAUAAAAAUGGCUAUAGUCGCGAAAUAUUCGAAGAGCUGUGGCGUGGUAGCGAGGACCGCUGCCCUUACUGGAACGAUGACCCUUGGCCAGAGUUCUCACAUGAAGCGGCGGAGUUCACCUUUAAGUCGAAACUAGGCCAGGGCUUGUGCUUACGUUGCUGGUCUUGCCUCUAUAAGGAUGACUGGACUUGUUAUAAUUGCGGAAUUUGUCUUUUGGUCUUCCAGUACUCCUGUGUUGAGGAACUCGAUGUUGAUCAUAUACACGACCAACAUUGUUCACGCUCCCGAGUCGGGUAUUUCGAGCGUUCUGAAACUACUGGCUACUAUGAGUUCAGGGCGAGGAGCUGUUCAGGUUUAGACUCAGAUGGUGAAGAGUCUGAUUACGACAACAUUUCGUCCUCGCGUGAUGAAUUCGAAAAUGCACAGUUACCGCCAGCUCAGGCAGUUACUGCACAUCGGAGUUAUGGCGAUGAGGAAAUCAUUUCGGAAGACGAGUCAGUUGGGGGAGUGUCGCUAUAG